UCUUUUUCUACAGAAUUUUUAGAGCUCUUUUUUCUAAAUUUUUUUUACUCACUCUCUAAAUCUAAAUAUAUAGGAUAAGUUGGUGCUCUUUGGACGAGCACGUACUUAAUUCAGAACAACUUUUUGAGGCUCUUUUAAUUACUGUAAAGUCAAACAGUGGGAAAGUGGUUAUUUUCUGGCCAACAUUAUUAAAAUUUUGCAGACUUUGGACGAGCUCUACACACUCACUGUAAUGGCGGCUACUCUGCAAUUCUACGGGAAAACGGUCAGACCCCUUGUACUACCUAACUCCGCAUCCAGAUACUCUCCCAAGCCCAGCAGGAUCACGUGCUCCGCAGUCUCCCAAUCCAGGCGCUACACCAUCACUUUGCUCCCCGGAGAUGGAAUCGGCCCUGAAAUUAUCUCCGUUGCCAAAAAUGUUCUCAACCUCACUGCCUCUCUCGAAGGGGUUGAUUUGAGUUUCCAAGAAAUGCCCAUGGGUGGGGUUGCCUUGGAUUUGACCGGUGUUCCAUUACCAGAAGAAACUCUUUCAAUGGCAAAACAAACUGAUGCAGUUCUUCUUGGAGCAAUUGGAGGGUACAAAUGGGAUGCUAAUGAAAAACAUUUGAAACCAGAAACUGGGUUACUUCAGCUUAGGGCAGGCCUUAAUGUUUUUGCAAAUUUGAGGCCAGCAACUGUUUUACCUCAGUUGGUUGAUGCUUCAACUUUGAAAAAAGAGGUGGCCGAAGGUGUUGACAUAAUGGUUGUAAGGGAGCUUACUGGAGGUAUAUAUUUUGGAAAGCCAAGAGGUUUUGGCAAAGAUGAAAAUGGUGAGGAGACUGGAUUUAAUACUGAGGUCUAUGCUGGCUAUGAAAUUGAUCGCAUUGCUCGUGUUGCAUUUGAGACUGCUCGGAAGAGGCAGGGGAAGCUUUGCUCUGUUGAUAAAGCAAAUGUGUUGGAGGCUUCAAUGCUUUGGAGAAAAAGAGUUACAGCAAUUUCCUCAGAGUAUCCCGAUGUUGAACUCUCACACAUGUAUGUUGAUAAUGCUGCAAUGCAGCUAGUUCGCUAUCCAAAACAGUUUGAUACAAUGGUAACAAACAACAUAUUUGGUGACAUCCUAUCUGAUGAGGCUUCAAUGAUUACUGGAAGUAUUGGGAUGCUUCCAUCAGCUAGUCUUGGGGAAUCAGGACCCGGUCUUUUUGAACCUAUACACGGUUCAGCUCCUGAUAUUGCUGGACAGGAUAAGGCAAACCCAUUAGCAACAGUGCUCAGUGCUGCAAUGCUUUUGAGGUAUGGUCUAGGAGAAGAAAAUGCUGCAAAGAGAAUCGAAGCUGCUGUUCUAGACACACUAGACAGGGGUUUCCGAACUGGUGAUAUUUAUUCAUCUGGAACUAAACUGGUUGGAUGCAAAGAAAUGGGUGAAGAGGUAUUGAAAUCAGUAGAAUCCCAAGUACCAGCUGCUGUAUGAACCGGGGAACCUAGUUUUAGCACCAAUAUAGUUGUUCAUUACUAUUUUUGUAAUCCAAAUCUAAGAAUCAAUAACGAGCAAAUCUUGAUGAUCAGGCAAAGGACUCUCGGAUUUCAUUCAACAUGAUUUUUGUUGGAAGGCCAAGUCUUAUAUUAUACGUGUCUUUUUUUUUUUUUCCAUUUUUGUGCAAAGAAUCAAAUUUGACAUAGUUGUUACUUUUUGAGAGCCCUGUUCA